AUGGAAGACGACUCUUAUAUCCCGCUAGGCACUCCGCCGAUUCGGAAGCUCCCUUCUGGCGCGGCGCGCCAUGGCGGGCGAUCCGCAGGGGUUCCGCGUAAGCGCCGCCGCAUCCUCAACCCCGCGCACGUGGACGUCGUCGCUUCCCCCGGAGCCAGCCCCGAGCGGCGGCCUUUCGAGUCCGACACGCCGACUCGCAACGCGACCGACGCGCUGAUCAAAAGCGCCCCCGGCGCUUCGGUUAGAAACGCGCCUGGAGCUUCGCGCGGGGAAGGUUUCUUUUCCGCGGAACAGACUGGCACGGGUCUGUUUUCCGGCCGCCGUGUGCUGUUUCCGGGCGGGGAGUUUGACGGGGCUGGAAGGGGGAACGGCGGGAGCGAAGUGGGGACGGAGGGGAAGGGUACCGAGGGAGUCGCGGGGAAGAACGCAUCGGGGGAAGUUGUUGGCGCAAUGGCGGGAUUGGCGGUUUACCGGCGACUGGCGUUUGGGGACGAGCGAGCGGAAGGGCGGGAGGGUAGCCGAACGACGCUCAAAGCUGAUGGUGAGGCUGAACGAGAAAGUGAGCAAGAGGAAAAAGCGGGAGAGGGCAAGAGCGAUAAGGCGGUAGAGGAGGAUGAGAGAGAGGUGGAGGAGGAGGUGGAGGAGGAUGAAUUGGAGCUAGAGAUAGUGUAUGCGGAAGAAGGUGAGGGGAGGAAGCAGAGAGAGGAGGGUGGCGAGGAGGAUGUGAGAGGAGAAAGCAAGGGAGAUGGGGAAGAGAAGGGUCGAGAGAAGGAGGUUAGAACGAGGAAAGAUAAGCUCAAGGUCUCAGGAGACCCAGGGAUUUCCAGAGUCACCGCUGCCGUUAUUCCUGCUGUCAGUGCUGCUGUUGCCGCUGCCGCUGUAGCCGACAGUGCCGUGACUCGUUUCUCGUCGUCUAAUAACGCGGACGGGGAUGACCUGUUUCGGUGGAACCGCAUCCAUAGAGGGAGCACUGGGCCCGGGGGACGCGGAAGCGGAUCCAGUGGGCCCAAGACACGUGGCGAGGUGCUGGCAGCCAUGGUGGGCGUUCAGAUGCCACGUCAGCAAGGGGUACGAAGCAUGGCGCCGGAUAUGGAGGGGCGGAUAACGGCCGCAGCAGCAGCUGCAGGGGGAGUGAGAAGCGGACGGGCUGGUGUGUCCCCGAUACAGUUCCUGGAAAUCGCGCAGCUGUUCGACGCGCUGGAGCUGAGCUGCCGCCUGCUGCGCGCGAGGAAGCUUCUGUGCUCCUUCCAGGCGAUUAAAGAUGCGGUCCAGGACGUGACUAAGAGGCGCUUCACUCAGCGGCACCUGGCGCAGAUGCUGUUCGUGGGGGGUGGCGGGGGAGGGGCCGGGGGAGGAGGGGGAGAUGGGGGGGCUGGAGUGAAGGGAGAAGGGGUAAAGGAGAAGGAGGACGGAGGAAAGGAAGGCAAGGAAGGGCGAGGAGGUGGAGUUGGUGGGAGUGGGGGGGGAAACAGGGGAGGAGAUGGAGAUGAAAAAAAGAUUUCACUGAGUCCUCUUGCACUUAGCAAAACAGCACUUAGUAAAUCAGAUGCUCUCAGCAGGGCAUCUGCCCGCCAGGCGGUGCUUGGCGUUCCGCUGCUCAGAGUGGAAUCCGUUCUUCUGCCGGAAAAAAACUCCUCUCCUGUGAAGUUCUCAGGGGCUGCGGGCAGGGCGGCAAGGUUUGGACGUAGCGUGUGGGAUCUGAAGAUAAUAUUGGAGAGUGAAGGGGAGGGGAAGGGGGACGAUGGUGAAAGUGAUUUGUCUGCAGCUGCGGAUAAUGGUUCAGGGGGCGUUGGAGGGAUAGCAGGAGGUGAAUUGGCAUCAGGCAUUGCAGGAGGGACAGGCAUGGCAGCAGGGAUGGCAGGAGGCAUGGCAGGAGGCAUGGCAAUAGGCACAGGCAUGGUAGGAGGGAGGGUGAGGAGCGAGGAGGGCGAGGAGCGAGGAGGGCGAGGAGGGCGAGGAGCGAGGGUGAGGAGCGAGGAGGGCGAAAUGCUGUGGCGGAAAAGAGAGUUCCGGGCAAGGCUGGGGAGACUGGCUCGUGCCAUGGGGGCAGUGGGAACGGACAAGGAUGUGACUGCAGCAGAUGUGACUAUACCGGAGGAGACUCUGCCAGACCCACUCUCUCCCUCCCCAGCAUCAGCUUUAGAGUCUCGUGCAUCUGUUAAUGCUCAUGCCACUCACUCUAGUCACACUCGCUCUACUCACCCUGUCAGUCGCAGGAGUCUAUUUCCUGACGCAUCCACCAACCCUACCUUUGCCGAAGCGGGUCUAGGCUUGGCGCCAACAGCUGCACCCUUUGCCAGGCCUGUUUUGCAGUCCCGGCCAAUUUCCCCAACCCAUCGCCAUCGGCCUGCUUCGGCAGAUAGGGUCGGCAGGAAUCCGAACCCAGACUUGGGCGCUCGUGUGAGGGUGGACCUCACUCCGUCGUUGGAUCGCUUGGCUCGCCGGACCAACGUGGGAGGUUUGGCAGGAGCAGCUGAAGAUGGGUCCGAGCAGGCUAGGGCAGCACGGCAGCUGCUGUUUGGAGGAACGGCGGAGGUUGCUAGGGUUAGUGGUGGGGCUUCAGGUGCUGCUGGUGCUGCUGGUGUUGCUGGUGUUGCUGAAAUAGCCAGAAAAGGAGUUGAGGAGGGAGAGAAGGAGGUGUGGGGUGGUGAUGUGGUAGGGGAGCUGGAGCCGCUGCAGCAGCAGGGAGUGGGGGAAGGUGGAGAACAAGUUGGAGCGGUUGGGAGGGGUGGAGGAGACAGCGAUGGGGAGGGUGGGGGAAGUGACUCAGAGAUCCUGUCUCGCCUGCCGCAAGGGCUCGUACACUCGGUUCGAAAGCGUGAGGAGCAGCAGCGUGCCGAGGCUACGGACGAGGCGCGGCAGGCGCAGCGGCGGCGGCUGCUGCUGGCGGAGCUGCCUCUCCUAACCGACAUGGUAGUCGCUCUCUUUGCCAGCUGUCGCGCUGCAGUGCUGCCACAUAGGGACCUUGUGGUCCGGCUGGUGGCCAAUCACAGCAAGCAGACCAACCAAGAGGAGAUUGAGGAACAGUUGAAGAUUCUAGAGGAGAUAGCGCCAGAUUGGUUGUGCGCUAAGAUGUCCCUUCGAGGGGAGAAACUGUAUCGAUUGUCCAAGGUGGUGAUGGCCGCACACGUGAAGGCGCGGGUGAAGGAUGAACAGAAGCUUGAUCCAGAGCAGCACCAGCACGCACCAUCACGCCGUUCUAUGCAUGGUGCUUCCGAGCUUAGUCAAUCUGAAGCUGCUGCUUCUUCCGCCGAUCUCCAAACGUGCCAGACCCCUCAGCUUCAGCAGCAAUCAAAAACAGACACAAUGACGGAACGAUCCUACGUCAUGAUCAAGCCCGACGGCGUUCAACGCGGCCUUGUCGGGGAGAUCAUCGGCCGGUUCGAGCGCAAGGGUUUCGUUCUGCGAGGCCUGAAGCUGUUCCAGUGCCCCAAGGAGCUGGCCGAGGAGCACUACAAGGACCUUGCCGACAAGCCCUUCUACAAGGGUCUCGUUGACUACAUCAUCUCCGGCCCUGUUGUCGCCAUGGCCUGGGAGGGCAAGGGUGUGGUGGCUUCAGCUCGCAAGCUGAUUGGCGCCACCAACCCCCUUGCUUCCGAGCCCGGCACCAUCCGUGGUGACCUUGCUGUCGAGGUUGGCAGGAACGUCGUGCACGGGAGUGACAGCGUGGAGAAUGGCGAGCGUGAGAUUGGCUUGUGGUUCAAGGAGGCAGAGCUUAUCAAGUGGGACCCUACACUUCUCCCUUGGCUGCGAGAGUAA